GUCGCUGGGUGGUGAUAAUGAACACAUUUAGCCAUUUAAAAAAAAAAGAGCAAGAAGCUACACUCAUCUUUGUAUUGCAUAGGCUUCCACGUAGGAAGAUCUACAAGUCAACAGGCCUUUGUUUCUAUCCUUUGUGAAACGUUAAUAGUUUAAAAAAAACACGUCCAGAGCUGCAAGCCGAGCGAGUGAAGAGACGAGACACUUGAAUGAUAACCCUUGGAGAGGGACCAUGGACUCUGAGGUGUCCGUGCUGCUGCACUGUGCCGCCUGGAGCGGACUGCUGGAGUCUCAAGUACAAGCGGAGCUCUCUGAAAGCUUCAACAGGCAAACCGAUCCCACCGUGGAGCAUCAAAUAGAGGAGGUGUGGACGGAGCGGGUGUCCAAGGAGCCGUGGCUCUUCAACGGCUCCAAAUUCCGACUGCACUCCUUCCGCUUGGCCUCAUCACCCUCUGCUUCUCCCAAACACCCGCCCCACGUGGCCCUCUCGGACCGUGCGGAGCCACGGGAUGGGGAAUUGAAACGAAGCGAGGAGGAGAAUCGGUGCAUCAUCAUCGCCAAUCAGAGCGGCUCGUACGAAGGAAACGGACCCGUGAAAUCCCAGAACCCGCUCCUCACGCUGAGACUCGGCCUCACCUGCUACAAAGACUUCCUGGGAACGAACUGGUCGCGAGGAGCGGCGGCGCUUCGUCAACGUGGGGAAGUGGAGUUCGGGGACCCUCAGGCGCUGCUGGCUCAGCCUCUGGGCGUGGGCGGCGUCCUGUGCACGGACGACGGCCAGGUGGUGUUCAUCAGGAGGAGCCAGAGGGUGGCGGAGGCAGGGGGGCUCCUGGACAUCCCCGGAGGUCACCCGGAGCCAAAGGCGGUGUGCGAGCGCCUGGGCCGGCGCGUGCGCGAGGAGCAGAUCGGCGUGCACAUGAUGCAGCGGAGGGCCGUCGUCUCGGAGCUGUUCUCCUCCGUGUGCGCCGAGAUCAGGGACGAGGUGAAUGUUCCUCUGAGCUCCCUGGGGGCGCCGGUCCUGAUGGGCGUUGCCCUGAAUCACACCAGCGCCGGCAGGCCGAGUGCUGAGUUUUACGUCAGCUGCUCGUUGACGUCUGAAGAAGUAACACAAUUGUACCGGAAAGGUGGAGCGGAGGCCAGCGAGUCCACAGAAAUCAUCUUUCUCUGCAAAACGGAGGUGUUGCAGCUGGACAGAUGCAGCCCGCUGUGGUCGGAGCUGUGUCCUUCAGCUAAAGGAGCCGUGCUGCUUUAUCAGACGGUGAAGCCCGACAGAGAGUCGACCGCUUCAGAAAAUCCAUCAACAAGCUGAGGAAUCUAUUACUCUUGUAUUAACCGGUGUUCACAAAGUACUGUGUACUUUUCUCAUCAUUUGUAACAGAGAAGUAAAAACAUGAAUGAAUUGUAAAAAUAUUUGUAAUAAAAAUCUUUGAUAGUGA